AUGCAACAAAAUGUAACAUCUUUUAACAAUCAGAAGGGUGAUGCAGUUGACGUCACGUGCUAUGGUUCAAAAGAGUCAAACGCAGGUUUCGAGGAGUCUUCACAUCCAGUCCAUAGAGCCGUUGGAAAUCUUGACUUUGAAGUCAAGUUAGAGCCUGGGCAUCAAUCCAUUUACCGGGCAUCGCCGAUGGAUAGAGAUCAGGCUCUUUACAAGGCAUAUCUGCUCAAGAUGACAAGAUCACAUUUCCCUUUUCUCUCAUGCCGUGGAAGGUUGCAUUCCGACCAUCGACUCGGGUCCAGAACAAAGAUCAAGGCCAGAAAAGGCCAGCGAGAUGUUGGGCACCAUAACAUCGUGCAGUCCACGCGAAAGAGCUUGCAAAAGGGCGUGAUGAUUAUGCUACGGCGUACCUUGGUCUGA